UAAGUUCACAUAUUUCACCCAUUUAGAUUCUCAACAAUUAUUUUGAUCAAUUGAAAAAUAAUCUGAGUGCUAAACAAGUUAUUAAAUAUAGGAUAAUGUUGGCAAUUAACGCAUAAUAAAACGUAAUAAUGACUUUAGCACAUCGUGCAUUGUUUACUUGGUUCAUUGUGCUAGUCUUUCUCAUUUUGCUAUGUCUCCGAUUGGAUCCACGAACACACUGGAGCUGGUUUGUUACUUUCAUUCCGCUAUGGGUAUUUGACGGAAUAUUAAUAAUUUACGUGGUUAUAAAAAUCAUACGCAAAUGGAGAAAUUUAAAACGACUCAAGGAGUUGCUCAUUUAUUACCAAUGGUACAUUUGUGGUGUGUUGCUGAAAAUCGCUUCUCAGCUUAUGAUUUGUUUGCGUUUAGAAUACCCGCAGUGGGAGAUAUCAAUAUUUGUGACAAUGAUACCCAUAUGGAUACUGCUUUCUGCAUCAAUUGUUUACGUGUUUGGUCGACUGAACAAAAUUGAAUCUUGGUGAAAAUUACACUUUCAUUUUUAUACAAUCUAUUUGUUUAAAAAAUGUAAAUUAACACAUUUAUGUACUAAAUAUAGUUAAGAAUUAAAGAAUACAUUCUAAAA